AGUAUCCAGCUGUAGGAGGAUGAGCAGAUUUUUUUAGAAGGAAACUUGAAGAGUCUCGAAUUAAGCUUCAGAAUUAAUAGUUUAUACUUAAUAUAUAUUUAGUUAGUGAAGUUAAUUAGCUAGUGCUUACUAUUUUUAUACAUCCCUCUGUGGCGGUAGGUGUCUACUGUUUUUAUAACCUACAUAUAACCCAACUACACACCUGAGGAAAAACGAGUAUAUCCAGGAUGACUGGGCAGCGAGAGCAGUGUCUGUUCUUCGUCUCUGUGCCAGACAUGAGCAAGCUGUGCAGUGUUUUUCUGUCCUUUCAGAGCUGCUCUGAUGAAGGAGAGCUAAGAAAUAAGCAGAUAAAAACCUGUAGAGAACUUCUGCUUUUGUGUUCAGAGGCUGUUGCUUCUCCUGUGCUGGGCUUUUGCGGGGGGAUCAGAGUUAUAAUGGCUAUACCAUUUUUAAAGAGAGGAUUCAUCCAGGCCUAUGCACAGAGACACUGUCUACAGCUAGGUCCUCCUAAGAGAGUUUUGCCCGAAACUCUGCAGACCUGUCUGUCUUACUCCAUCACCGCCAGACUGGCCCCUUCCUGGAACAGAGCAGGACAGUGCCUAAUCGCAGGUGAGGACUUCCUGUCUUGUGCCGGAAAGCAGAUAGCUGUUGCUCUUGAACUGAAUGUGAAUGAGGCUCAGUUGUGUGUCAGUGUGGAGGCCAUCACUGUGAGACUUCCUCCUACUUUGCUGGAAGACUUUGAUGUGCCCCCUCUUGUGGUGAAAAACUUUCUUAGCAGCAGAGAAGCAGUCGUCCACACAAAACCAAACAACUGGUGCUACAUACUGCCAAGCAUGAAGAAAGGCCAGCUCAUCAGUAUCAGUCGCAAGAUUCCACCAGAGAGUCCGUUCCAUUCCUACACUGAGCUUCAGAAACACUGGACCAGCAUGUAUGGAUAUCAGCUGCCCCCACUGAACGAAGAUGAAGUGGUGUACUGCAGUGUGUAUUUCAAACUGGUUGGUGAGAAGCUCUUCACAUAUCCAUUGAGUUGUAUUCGGACUAAGCCUCUGCAGCUCUUUCCCCGAGUUGACCUGCAGGGGGCACUUGAAGCCUUCACCUCAGAUCUGAGGAGAGUUCUGGACAACAUUUGUGGCUUUCCUGUACAAAUGACCAACAAGCCCCAGUACCACACUGCUGAACUGAGCAGACCUGUCAUACAGGCCUCCAGGGCUUUACCUGCUAACUUGACUACUAUAACCUCCACCAGACCUGUGCUGACCCAGAUCCCCAGCUGCUGUGCCCCAGGGAGGGUGCCUCUUUCUCAGUUAACACCUUCUCAGUGGCCCCUUAGUCAGCCUGGGCGUCUGAGCAACAUCAACCAGACAGCUACAACCAAGGAACUGGCCUCCUUUCAGACCCCCAGGCCCAGUGCAGAGUCACCACAUUUCUAUGUUACAGAAACACACAAGUUCCCCUCAUCCUGCACAUCACUCCCACCACUGUCCUCCUCCUCCUGCCCUCGCACCAUUCAUUCUUUGUCCACUCAGUCUCAGCCUGUCCAUCAGACCCCCAAAUUAGUGCCCAUCUUCAAAAACAAGUCACUCAGCCGCCAUGUUAACAUCACUAAGAUUCUAGCUGAGAAGCAGCAGAAGCAAGUGCAGCUGGAGAGUCAGCAUAUUUCUGGAGCAGCGGUUAAAAGACCUCAUUGUUCCUACUCUUACUCUCCUCCAUCAUCUUCUACUCUGGUCACCUCAACACAAUCACUCAGCCAGCCUCCUCUCAAAAGGGUCACCCUGCCUUUCCGUAAGAACCAAAAAUCAAACCACGGAGCUUCUGUUCCAGCGCCACAGCAACCAGCCUUUAAACCACAGCCGCUCAUCAUGCCUGAAGUUACAAGCAACAGAGGGGGAGAAGUGUUUGAGUCUCAUCCAAAGAGACCCAGAGUCACCUUACAGGAUGCGGACGUGGUGAAGUAUGCAAAAAGCAAUCAGCUGGCUAAAAUCAGCAUGGCUAAUCUGCAGGCCUGGCUGAAAGGUCGAGGGGUCAUAGUGCGUGCUAAAGAAAAGAAGGAGGAGCUGGUGUCAAAGGUGAUGCAGUGCCUGUAUGAGCCAUGAGGCAGCCGCGUGACCACUCAGGCUGCUCCAGGUAUAGGAUUCCCCUCUCUGGUAAUCCACACCUGAACUGUUCACAUUAGUUCUGUUGUGCUCCUGCAGUUUAUCUUCACCAACUAGUUUAGAGCUAUGUUUACAUUUAUUCUCUGUAGAUUAAACUAGAUUUUAUAGACAUGUAACAUUAAAAAUGUAACACAAAUGAUAUUUAUUAAGAUAUUUAUUCAGAUAUUUGUCUAAAAUAUUCAGUUUUAUGUUUUUAAUAGUUUUGAGCAUGUUUACCUGAUUUUAAUGUACUUGUUAAAGGUUUUUAAGUCUUUAAAGGUUAAACUUUUUUGCAUCAAAUGUGGUAUGUUGUUGUAAGGUAUGAAAAAAUGAAUACACUUGUUUUAUUACUGUA